AUGUUGGACAUCCUGUAUGCUGAGAAGCUUUGCAUACAUGACUGGCCCACUGGUGUUCCCCCGCCUGGCCCCAAUUUUAACCUCAAGGCUCUAUCUGCAAGUCAACUACAUGUGUUGGUUGCUCCAUAUCUCAGGAUUCAUCUCGGAGCCAUGUACGAGGCCAAGUUAGGCCUUGAUGACGACGACAGCGAGGCAGAGGCAGUGAAGGCAAAGAAGUGCAAAGGCAAUCCAAGAAGUGAUAUUCUUGCUCUUGAGACACAGGCCACAAACGUGUGUCUCAUCCCACUCGUCAUCGACACUGAUGGCAGGGUCAUUCACUCCCUCCAAGACUCAGAGAAGUUCAUCAAGGACCUUCCACAAGACGACACUCCUGGAUGCCGCACCAAUGAGGUUAUUCGCAUGUCCGGUCCUGCUGUGGUGAACAAGUUUUGGCUGGGCUGCUCAGGCUCAAGGAAAGAGAGUGAGGAAGGUACCCCAAGUCAAGGUGAGAAAGCCAUGUUCCAGGAGCUAUCUGGCCUCGUCUUAUGUUCAAAAUGCACAACAUAUGUGGUUGGAGACGUCAUAAUGGAAAUCCAUCAGCCGGAUGACGAAUUGGAGUUGCAUAUGGACUUUGAUGCGGACUUUGUCCUGCAAGAAAGCAUGGUUAUCACGCACGCGGCUGAUGAAUUGGAGUCACAUAUGGACAUUGAUGCAGACAUUGUCGCACAAGAAAGCACGGUUAUCGCACAGGUGGCUGAUGAAUUGGAGUUGCAUAUGGACUUUGAUGCAGACAUUGUCGUGCAUGAAAGCAUGGUUAUUGCCAAGGUGACUGAUGAAUUGGAGUGA